AUGUCGGGAGACGAACCGCAUGAUCAUUUACGCGACGACGAGAACGGUGGCUAUCACGGCAGGGAAGCUACAGGUGCGACGAAGAGCCUUUUGGAAGCUGAGCCGCAGCAGUGUUUUCCCACCGACAUCUGUGCGGCGACGAAUGCGACACCGCAUGCGACAGCUGCGACGGAGGCGACUGCCCUGACAAUACCUCCUACAACUGGCGUUAAUAGUAAAGGCGGCUGCAGCGGCUGCUUCUGCCGCGGAGAUGACGGCGAAAGCAGCGAAGGUGGUAACGAGCUCGCGCCGCCGCCACCGCCGGGGUCCGCGGCGUGGCUAUGGCUGUGGAUGUGGUCGCGGCGCGACGUGCUGCUGAUGAGCACGGCGUUCCUCUUCUUCUUCGUGGCGUUCAACGCGCUGCAGAACGUCGCGACGAGCCUCCACGGCGGGAGCAACCUCGGCGCGCUCUCCAUGGGCGUGCUUUACGCCGUCAUUGUCGUCACCGCGCCGCUCGCGCCCUUCCCAAUCCGCCUCUGGCGCGCGCGCGCCGCCAUCCUCGUCGCGCAGACGGGAUUUUGGGCUUUUAUCGGGUCCAACGCGUUCAAUAUCAAGUGCGUGCGUGACACUCUUCGUCUCCUCGCCCCUUCCCAUCGCUCUCUCUCUUCUUCCGUCCUCUCAGGCUCCUUGCUCUCCUGGUUCAUUCGUGAUCUCAAGCCAAUAGAAGACUGCCAAGUGGACGACGCUACCCUGAAUUUCAAGCGCCCCGUUGCAGCGCUGGUUCCCUGUCCGUCGAUUUCAUCCAGUAGAUCGCUUUCAAUCUUCACCGUUGAUUGGGAGGAGGUAAAGGAGGAGGUGGAGGAGGAAUUAGAAACAGUAGAGGAGGGAGAUGAGGAAGAGGAGGAGGAGGAGGAGGAAGAGGAGGAGGAGGAGGAGGAGGAGGCAGAGGGCGACAAAGGGAAGGUAGAAGAGAAGGAAGAGGGGGGAGAGGGGAAACAGAGUGCAGAGGAUGGGAAGGGAGAGAAAGGGGAGGGUGGGCUGGGAGAGAGAGGGAGUGUGUGUGUAGGAGGUACCGGGACAACUGACAACUUUACUGACUGCGGACUUCACGCGCUAUGUGGUGCAGCCGCUGCUGGGGGCCCUUUCCGCCCCAUCUGCAUCCCUCUCAACCCAUCCUCCUCAUCCCUCCCAUCCCUCCAAUCCACCCAUGGCAGUGCGGACUUCACAUGCUAUGUGGUGCAGCCGCUGCUGGGAGCUGCUGUCUGCCCCAUCCGACCCCAUCUGCCCCAUCCCUCCCAUCUAUCCCUUCCUCACCAUCCCACCCCUCCCUCCGCAGCGCUGACUUCACGCGCUAUGUGGUGCAGCCGCUGCUGGGAGCGCAGUGGAUGGGCGGAGCCAUGA